AUGGCUUCUUCCAGCGAAGCGACGCCAAUUGUUUCCGCCGACUCACGGCCACCAACGCUCACUCGACUCCUCGCUACUUGUGCUCCAUCCAGCUGGUUUCUCCCGCCACCGGAUCACGAUGGAGCGUGUCACUCAACUGGCACGCGCGUUCAAGCCGAUGCUGGGACGACCGCCUACGAUUGCGUCGCCCGGCUGGGAGGAUUGAAAUGGGACUCACCCGCCUCACCUGGCGUCAGGGUUCUCGGCUCUUUCUUCGAUAUACUCGAGCAACACCCCUCAUUGCUGGACCUGUUCCGCGAGGAGCUGGACGCCAUCAGCAAUGCUCCUUACAGCGAGUUGGAUCGGAACACCGAGCACGACGUCGAAAUCUCGUUCCUUCGCCUGUUAUUUGGCCGUCUAGAAUCUGCAACGGCGGCGCUGCUCAACCAUUAUGCCGCGAUCACCGAGGCCGUCGGAGCUUCUUCCGCUUCCGCAUCGACCUUCGCGACGAGACCCGGCUAUUCGGUUCGACUGCGCGAACCUCAACGUGCUCUCCGCACGCAGGGCGAUGCUGUCGUCUACAUUCAACGUGGGGCUGGCAACGUCGUUUCAAGUAUCUCGAUCGAAUACAAGCGGGACAACGUACAUCAUAGCUUGGCCAAGGUACGCCCGGACGGCGCCCUCUCGCAUAUUCCCAUACUCGACCACGGGGCCCCAGUGCCACUUCAGAAACUAGAGGAAGAAAGGUCGAAGGGUGCAGAUGCUGUGGCGACCAAGGUGAGGCAUGCAUCUUGCAGGCUUGGACAUACGCUUUCUCGAUCCGGCCUCGAGUAUUGGGGCUCUGUGUUUACUCAUUUCUCAUUUUUCAUUCUCGUGUAGGCCAUUAUCCAAUGCGUCUCCUGCAAUAGUCGAUUCUUUUUGCUGCUGUCGGUUCCGUUCUUCCAGAUUGGUGAACUGGGCACGUCGUAGAUUUGAACUAACCAAAACCUGUCGAAACUUUCCGGGCUCCACUGACGCAUGCGAUCCUGCGGUCUUGCUUUGGCCAUUCGCCCGCCCACAGUCCAGCACCAGUCGAGGCAUGCUACAACGGCAAGCGAUCCCGUAGCGUCGACCUCAGCGGCGUCUACCUCAAUCUCGGCUGCGACCGCGUACUCACCGGCACCGCCCCUCAAGGCCAGGUACAGCUUGAUUCUACAAGAACUGGCCCGAUGGGUAGAGCCCUCUCCGACGACCUUGAAUCCAGACGCGGCCGAAACACUUGGCGCCGAUCUUCCACGACGGUCACUCAUCGUGUCGUUCAUUGCCCUGGCUUUUACAGCCGUUAUCGAAGUCCCCAAGCCGGACCAAGCCGUCGUCGAUGCACUGCUUGAUGCCCGUUCCCAAGCUCCGAAUCGGCCUCGAACUCGCUCCAAGCCGGACUCGGACUCGGACCGUGACGAUGAUCCCUCCCCGCGGGUCCAGAAAGCCCAGAAGACUUCGGCCGAAGCCACCUGUGCUCAAGCCAAGGAUUUGAAUCGGCCCACCACCCCGCCCGUCUCCGCGGAGUUGCAAUCCGAUCUCUCAUUCGACCCGUUGACGCCUGUGACUCGCAUCUUCUCGUCCCCUCCUGCGUCGACGGAUUGGACGCCGCUUUCUGGUUCGUGCCACCCAUCGAAGCCGAUCACCAUCGUUGAAGAUCGCGAGUUCGUGAUCAAGGCCAGCUUGUCGAACGCGCACUGGUCUAUGAUGGUGCGUCACGCGUUUUGCCCUGCUGCCCCGUCCUAGCCUAUGUAACCCAGCUCAUCGAAAGGACCAUUCUUUUCAUGCUCUUGCGCAGUCCUACACGGGCACGAGCCGCGUGGAUCUGGUCGAGAUCGGCUUUGAUAUCGUCCCUUCGGUUCCUUCCGACUCGCCCCUUCCGUCCCUUCUGUCGUCGAAAUCUUCCCCAGCGAGCGAUUUCAUCGGGGGCCUACAUUUGUCCGAUACUGUUUUGCGGUGGCUGUCCGAAAACCCCCGGGAAGAACUCGAGGACGAUCGAACCCCCUUGGAACUCUUGAAUCGGUUCGAGCCCACUGCGCAUCUUCGCCUGGAGAAGGAGGUCGGGACGGGAAGUACUGCCGGCGGGUGGCUUGCGAACGUCGUGCGAGUCAACCGACCUUUGUCCUCGUCGGCCAAACCCGAGGUGCCUCUAGUUGACCACCCUGCUCCGAACACGACGUACUUUCUCAAGCUCGUGCCGUGUAGUUACGUCGGCUCGGUCAUCCGCGAGACGCUAUUCUACCAGCACGUCUUUCCCCACCUCCCCAACCACCUUCAAAAACAUCUCCCGCAAUAUCACGGCACUUACCGAAGGACGAAUGGCAGCGCAUACGCCAUGGUGCUUGAGAAUGUGGGGACCCACAUGCGUUACUCCGAGUUUUAUGAACGGUCUGGCCAAUGGCAGUAAGUCUUCGGGUCACGGCAAGUCAAGUUGUCGACGACACGAUCUUCUUUCACGAUGAAAUCCAGCUUAUCGUGAUGCUGAUACACCUGUUCUUUCACUUCGUACUCGCCAUGUGCAGUGAGAUCGAGAAGGCUUUCGUUGAGCUUGGUAUUGUUCACAACGAUAUCCGCCAGGGGAACGUAUUGGUUCGACCCGACGAUGGGGGCUUUUGCUUCGUCGACUGGGGACGAUCUUAUCUCAAAUUUCGAGUGUGA